UGUAAGUGGACAUUGCUGGUACAGCCUACAGAGCAAAAUGUCAAAGAAGAAAGGAUUAAGUUUGGAGGAGAAGAGAACCCGCAUGAUGGAGAUUUUCUUUGAAUCAAAAGAUGUGUUUCAGCUUAAAGACAUCGAGAAGCUCGCCCCAAAGACAAAAGGAAUAACUCCCAUGGCUGUGAAGGACGUGCUGCAGAGCCUGGUGGACGACAACAUGGUGGACUGUGAGAGAGUGGGGACAUCCAACUACUACUGGGCCUUCCCCAGCAAGGCCUUGCACGCUCGCAAGAGCAAACUGGAGGAUCUGCAAAAACAGUCUUCUGAAGCAAAGCAGCGGAAAACAACUAUACAGAAGGCGGCUGAAAAAGCGAAAGUAGGACGUCAAGAUACAAAAGAGAGAAGCUCUCUGCUGAAGGAGCUAAAAGCUCUGAGAGAGGAGCGAACGCAGCUGCAGGCCGAGGUGGAAAAGUACAGAGAAUGUGACCCAGAGGUCGUUAAGGAGCUGAGAAAAUCAAAUGUGGUCGCGAAAGACGCAGUUUGCAGGUGGACAGACAAUGUUUUUGCUAUCAAGUCAUGGACAAAGAAGAAGUUUGCCUUUGAUGACAGCCGCAUUAACAAAGCCUUUGGGAUCCCUGAGGACUUCGACUACAUGGAAUAAGUCUCAUAGUGAUAUCCUGUCACACUACAAGGGCAACAAAUAACAGUUUAAAGCUGGCUCUGCAUUUUUUGUUCCUGUUAUAAGUGUUGGAGUGAGAAUAAAUGCACAUUUAAGGCCUGGGGUGCGCUUUGAGUAAGGACAGAUAUCAGCAAUUUCGCUGUAACAGAUGGACUUUAUCAGCGGAUGUUUUGCUUUGGUGCAACCAGAGAAGAGACUGGACCCACCAUUAGUGGCUGUGAAGGGGGGCGGGCCUCUGAACACAACUUAGCAGGCUGACUUUUGGGACACCUGUUUGCAUGAAAACUGAGAGCUCCUAGUUGAUGAUGGAAAGGAAUCAACACUUAACACAUCUGUGUUGCUAGUGAUCCAAUUUAUAUGGUUUAAACAGAUGGUUUGGAAUCAACUUCUCGGGCACUUUUUUCUCUUUAGAUUUUCCCUGCUGUAUUUUUUAAAGUAACAUCAAUCCUGUUCUCAUUCAGGCUGGCGACAGGGGAGGGUUCAAUUACAGAGGAAAUCUUUAGAAUAUAUUUAAAGUGCGUUUACUUUUCUCAGAACCUCUUUUCUCGUUCAUUGCAAAUAAAAAUGUCCCUCUGAGUUUCACAGGUGGAUCUCAACAGUUGGUAUUCAUUCCAAAACUUGGUGUUCAGUAUCCAAGUGCAUUUACGUCAGGUCCUCCUAACUUUUGUGCUUUCAUUUCUUUUGAAAUUGCCACUGGGAAUGUUGUAAAAUUUGUCACAAAAGCUCUGCAUUUUUGUCAGAGCUGUACGAUCACUUUCUGUAUGAACAAAAAAAAAGGGGAACUCAUUUGUCAUGGCACGUCUAGAAUGACUAUCACCCUG